GGUCAGUGCUUUCUGUGUUGUGGGGGUUGGCUGUGUAGGUAGAGCUAGUGAAGAUAACCUAUCAAGAUCAUUGAACUGUAAAUAAAAACUCUUUCAAAAAGGUCUCGCAUUGUGGAAUACAAUGUCAGAUACGGAGACCAAGCCUUCAAGUGAUGGAGGAGAGAAAAAGGAUGGAGAAUAUAUUAAAUUAAAGGUGAUCGGCCAGGACAACAGUGAAAUUCACUUCAAGGUGAAGAUGACGACACAUUUAAAGAAGCUGAAAGAAUCCUACAGCCAGAGACAGGGUGUUCCCAUGAAUACCUUAAGGUUUCUUUUUGAAGGACAGAGAAUUGCAGACAACCAGACUCCCAAAGAGCUUGGAAUGGAAGAUGAGGAUGUCAUUGAAGUGUACCAAGAACAGACUGGUGGCCAUUGGAAUGACUAGAAGAAAAUCCUCCUCGCUUUUUCUUUUUAUUGUUAUUUUUUAUUUUGUAUGUAUGACUUUAUUCUCUGGUUUUAUUUGCUAUUCCCAUUGAUAGGAAAGGAGAUCAUGCAACCAUCUGGAUCAAAAUAUCCCCUCCUGCCACCACGAUUGCAGAAUUUUAAUAGAUGAUGUUGAGCCAGAAUGUGUGAAUGGAUGGAUAACAUUUCCUUCUCUUCAGCAGUGUUCAUUUUUUCUUUCUCUUCUUUCCUUAAUCCUUCUCACUUUCCCCCUUUCUCUCAUCUCUCUUGUGUACCUCGCAUACAGGGUAUACAAGUCAGGACGUGUGCUUAGUGAGAUCAGAUACAGUGACUUGUUGGGUUCUGCCCAAAACUCAGGACGAUCCCUCAUAAUACUCCACUGCCUGUGUGUGUGUUGUGUGUGUGUGUGUGUGUGUGUGUGUGUGUGUGUGUGUGUGUGUGUGUUGUGUGUGUGUGUGUGUGUGUGUGUGUGUGUAUGUGUGUUGGGGGGCUGUCUGUCUGAUUUUGAGUGCAAAGAAGCUUUCAUCUCAUGUCUCCAUAGUCUCUGUAAGCACCUCAUAGCUCUCGAGGCCACAGUGUGGCCUACCAUGCUAAAUGUACUUCCGAGCCCUGUUGUGACGGGGGUUUGAUACUACAGCCUAAUCAGGAACCACUCCUAGAGUCAACACUCUUCCUCCGUGCAGAGCUGGCAUGAGUAGGCUUCCCCUGAGUCAAGGGCACAUGUGCCCUCUGUAGGUGACUUCACAUACACAUGUUAAUUUCGGGAUGAACUUAACAAUAGUACAAUGACGAGAGCUUCAUAAUACACCUUUGUGAUGAUGACUUCUCAUUUAUUGCUAAACAGAGGUGUGUUGUGGAACUUUAGCCUGCAGGUUUUGUCCUUAUAGUAAGCUCUAAUAUAAUGUAUAGAGCUUUCAAUCAGAGUAAUAUCUGAUGUCUGACCAUUGGCAAUAUGUUGAAGGGGAAACCAGUGCAUUUAUCCCUAAUCCUUUGCAAUCACAUACUGAUUGCUAUUCAGACCGAUUUUUUUUAAAAAAAAUUUUUUAAUCAAAAUGAAAAUAUUGAAGAAUGUGUGUUUAAAUGUUUAAUUUAGUCUGAGUGAAUGAUUUAUUAAGCCCAAAUAAGUGCUUGCAUGUCUGUGAACAUAACUUUGAUCAUGUUUAAAUGGUUCAUUUACAUUGAAAAGGUGUUCCAGUAAAUCUUGGCUGUGUGUUGUUGUUUUUCACUGAUUGUUUUUGAGGACAGGGUUGUUAUUUUCUACAUCAACUUGCAGCGCAUGUUUAACCUGUAAUCAUGCUUAUUUAUUUUUAACUGUGUGACUUUCCAUUCUUUUUCAAAUGAUCCCAUGCUCACUGUGUCUUCUAAGACUCCCAAAAAAUAAGUUUCUUGUUUGUGUGAUUGAAUGGCAUGUAAAGGUGGAUUUGUGUGUGUUCAUUUUACUGCAGCAUCAUACUUCUAUUGUUUCUAAAGUAUUAUAUUUUUCUUUAUAAAGGAUAGCUGAUCCAGGUGGUUUUAUGGACAUAGAAUGGAUAUUAUUUUUCUUUUGUCUUGUUUUAUAAAUAAAAUGUGUCAGAAAACA